CAGGCGGGGGCGACGCCGCCGCAGCCCCUGCGAAGCUGCGUGCGGCCCGGGCCCCGCCGCCGCCGCGCCCGCAUGGCUCUUACCCCGCGGCCCGGGUGAAGCCUGCCCUGCCCCGGCUCCGCCGCCGCCCGCGCCCUGCCCCCCCGGGACGCGCUGGUGCCAGGCUGCUCCUGAAGCAGGCGGCGGCCGGGCCAUGCACUGCUAGCGGCGCUGAGGGCUCCUCCAAGCCCCGGCCUGGACCCCGCCCGCGGCUCCCCCGGCCCCCGCGCCACCAGCCCGGAGUUGUCGGGGCGGCCCGGGGCCGAGCGGCUGGCCGCCGCCAUGGAGGAGCUGCGGCGGGCAGGGUGGUACUGGGGCAAUAUGAGUGUUGCUGAAGCUAAAGAGAGAUUACAAGAUGCCCCUGAAGGGACUUUCUUGGUUAGAGACAGCUCACAUUCAGAGUACCUAUUGACUAUCUCAGUGAAAACUUCCGCAGGACCAACAAAUCUGCGUAUAGAAUAUCAGGACGGCAAAUUCAGGCUGGACUCUAUCACCUGUGUCAGAUCAAGACUUAAACAGUUCAACAGUGUGGUCCAUCUGAUUGAGUACUAUGUCCUCAUGUGCAAGGAUAGAAGUGGGUCUGAAACAACGUCAAAUGGAACAGUGCAUCUUUAUUUGAACAAACCCCUCUAUACUUCAGCUCCAUCCCUGCAACAUCGCUGUAGGAUAACUAUAAACAAAUAUACAAGUAAGAUCUGGGAACUGCCUUUACCAACACGACUAAAAGAGUACUUGAAAGAGUAUCAAUACCAGGAUUACAGUUAUUGAUGCACAGGAAAGAAGAACUUGUCCAUUUUGUGGUUUUCUUGCAUCUUUCAUUUAGGUAAUGUAUAAAUCUUAUAUUCCAACACAAUAUAUUGAAUCAUGCAUUAAUGAUUUUUAAACUUGAUAUCUAUAUUCUUGUAUGUACAUGCAAGGUAAAAUUAUUCACCUGUGUUCAGUGGAAGUAUUGAAGUAAGAAGAUAUUUAUCAGUAACUUAAAUGCCUUACAUAUCAAGUAAUUUCUCUGGAAAUAAUCCUGAAAUAUGUACAUGUUAUUUAUGCAUGUGAGGAUUAAGCUAAGACAUUCUUUAAGACUUGCCUAAUAUAUAGCAUUCUUGAAGAAGUUGUCUAAAUAAUAAAAUGUGUAUCAUUUCUUUAAACACUUCUCAAAUUCAGUAUACUUCAAACCUUGUCUUUUGGAUAGUAGUUUAUGUUCUUACAUUAACUUUGCUAUUGUGGGUGCCGAGUAUAGCCGGAAUGGGGCCGCGAUGGAGUGGAAUUAGGCACAAACGCGUACUGGUUGAAUUGAAAAGAACUUUACUUACAAACUGACGUACAGGGACUUACGUCGAUGCACACAGUGUAGGCACUCUCCGUACAGGUUACAAAAACAAAGAAGAAACCGGGCGGCACACCGAUGUUUCCGAGCAUGCAGGGUACGGGGUACGUCGGGAUGGUCGUCGACGGGGAGUGGUUGGUGGUUGAUCAGGCCUCCAAUUUUGCUCCAAGGUACACGAGGAACUCGUUCCCAACGUGCACGUGGAGUUCUCCGACUUGGGCGGAAACUACCCAAGCUUUUAUACGGCUAGUGAGCCAAUUGCUAGCCGCCGGGUAUGAAUAAUUUACGAUGAGCCAAUCGGUAGCAUGCAUCCAAACGGUGCAACUGCUAGUUUUGGAGGGAGCUGAUCACUGCACCAAGGCUUUUCCCGCCGUAGCGAGGCAUCCCUUGCACCGAGUACUCGCAUUGUGCUAAGAAUUCUGCUGUGUCGAGGCACUUUUAAUUACUAAGUACAGACAGCUAUAAGCUAUUAGGCACUCAAAAAUGGAAGGAAAAUAGGAGAUUUUUUUGAAGACAUGUCUUCAUACUGCAAAAUAUUGAAUGUAGCCAUAUGUACAGCAUAUGCAUUGUACUAGCUUUAAAAAAUAUUACUUUGCUUUGUAUAUUCUUAGCCAUGUGACAGAUAUUCCCUGGGUGAAGUCCCUAGCAAAUAUCUGAGGAAAGUUUCUAUAAACAACUUCAAGUAUACUUAAUUGUGUAUGAGACAUUUAGACUCUAUGUACAAAUCAGAUUUCUUAAGUGGCAAAAUUUCCAAAAGCAUCAGUAACACUUACCAUUUUUGUUUUCUGAAGGAGAGUCACAAGCACUCAGACCAGAUGGCAGUAGGCUUCUGUGACUGCCUACGUCUCCGUCAAGUCAAUACAUUCCGACAACACAGCAGCUCUUUUCUCCCAUUCAUGGUCCCCAAAUACAGUACGUGCUACACUUGACCUUAAAAAGUAAAUUAGGUUAGAAAAAGGAAACAGAUUACGUUCCUGCAGCGCAUGUGGUAUCUGACACCAACACUCACUCAAAAGAAAGUAGUGUCAUAAUAAUAUGUGAUAGGAAAUAACAUUAAGUCACACUACUGAAUCUAUCAUAGUUCCUGUCAUUUAUUAUAUUUCCAGAUAUCUGGAAAUAAACAACUGAUGCUGAAAGAAAUAUGUUCAUAUUUGAUAAGCUAUUAAUAAUUAUUAGAGAGUAUUGUUUUGCAUAUGGUAUGUGUGGUAUAGCAAAUACAGUGUCAAGAUACCAAAAUAUUUGUUAUAGGAGUGGAUUUUGUUUUACCAAUGUUUCUCUUUUAUGUAAAAGUAGCUUCAUUUUAAGUUUGAUGAAAUUGUUCAGCUGAGUGCAAAGAAGCUAAAUAUAUGUAAUACUGAAUUUGGUAUAGCUGUAUAUGUAGUACAGGAAGACACCAGCAUCUGGAUGAGGUAACAUACACUUACAGAAAUCACUAUUCUAAUGAGUAAUGUGUUCAAAUAUUUCUGUUAUUAAAACUUCAGUGGUUUUGAAAAAAAAUAACAGAAGAGUAAUAUCCACUUGAGUUAAGGUUUUGUUUGGCUAUUUGUUUAUAAAAACUCAUUAGCAAUAGAAAAAGAACCUAUGUGUAGGUAAAGGGAUGACCCUGUGUAUUUCUGAGCACCGUCAAUACCCAUCAACCUCCGUGAGUGGAGGAAGGCUUUAUUUCCUGUAAGGGAGCUCUUACAGUUUCAGGCCUGAACAGCAUUAGAGCAAUAGUAUACAAAUGAUACAUUCAUGGACAGUACAAAUAACCUACUGAGUAGGGGUGUGCGAAGCAGGCCCUAUUCAGUUUGGAUUGGCCCAGAAUCAGGGACAGUGAUUUGAUUCGUUGGUUCGGAUCACUGUCCCUGAUUUGAUUCGGCCAAAUCCGAAUCUCAAGAUUUGAUGCUGAUUCACAGAAUCAGCGAUUCGGACACUGACACAACUUUAAAAGUUUUUUCUACAUGCCUUGAGGUAGCAGGCGUGGCUUGUGAUCGCUACGAUGCUGGGGUGCAUGGAGCGUCCAUAAGAGUGUGGGAGGGCCCUCUAUGUGCUUGGUGGCGAACCCAGAAGUGGACUAGAAAUACUUCUGGUCCACUUCUGGGCCUGCUGGGGAGCGUGCUGGGGGUUCCCUCCAGCUCAGUGAUCGACCACAGGGGGAUCCCAGGUGCCCCCCCGGGCCCAGGAGGCACCAGUCGCUGGGGUGUGGGGGGCCCCCACUGCAUGCUCCCCGGCGGACCCAGAAGUGCUUCUGGUCCACUUCCAGGUCUGCUGCCAAGCAUGCUGGGGACCCUCCUGUGCUUCUGUGGGACAUUGCACGUGCCCCAGCAUCACUGCGUUCAUGAGCUGCCUGCUACCUAGAGGUAUGUAGAAAAAACAUUUAAAGCUGUGUUUGAAUCGCUGAAUCUUUCUGAAUCUCUCUGAAUCAAUUUGGAGGGUUCUGAUUCUAUUCAGAGAGAUUAAAGGGUCCUCUGAUUUGAUUUGGAUUUGGAGAUUCGGCCACUGAAUUGGGCUGAAUCUCCACCGAAUCGAAUCAGGAACCAAAACUUUGCACAGCCCUACUACUGAGCCUAGUACAUAGAAAAGCACACAGAAAGAAUAAGCUGUUUACAUAAGGGAAAUAGUGAAAUAAAUACUAAUUGUACUAGGAGUUCUGUUAGUUAUUAGCACUUAUAUAAACAUUAUAUAUAUUCGCAUUUUGGUUUUACACCAUCAGAGCUUCAGCACAAACAAAUAGGAAAUAGGAAAUCAAGAAGACAUAGGAUGAGAAAUAACAUGCAGCCUUUAAUUAAGAAACAAUCAAUUUGCAGGGCAUUUUGAAAGUUUGCCCUGUGUGCUAUUAAGAGACUAGAUUUAUUAAAGUUUUGUAUCCUCUAUGGAAGGAAUCCUAGGGGCGAUUUCUACUUAACAGAUAUUUUCCAUAUAUUACAUAGACAAUUCAGGCUACACACUGCAUUGUUAUUUGCUUCCAAAGGAGGAUUUUACAAGUGAAGGUAUGUUCAAGUUUCAAGGUCAAUUUAAGUAAAAAUUCUUUUCACAUAUAUUAGCUCCCUAGCAUAUUUAGCUCAGACUUGGAAAGUGUUCCCAUGGUAUGGAAACUGAACAGAAUUUUUUGUUGUGAGUGGUUCUAACAAGUUAAUAGAAGAAGACAGGACAAAUGGAGAGCUUAAAAUAGGGCAUUUAGAAUAUUUUUUGAUAGAGUCCAAAAAGUUGUAUAACAGUUUUUACUUGGGAGAACAUUCUUUAAUGAAAUGUUGUACUAACAGGUAAAGUGAUAGAUACUUGAUGAAAAAAUGUUUCUCAAGAGUGAGAAAUGUUCUCUUUUGUGAAUGUCUUUAAAGAUUGGUUAUUCUAAUUAAUUUAACUUAAUAUCAUUAGUAUCAACUAGUCUGUUAGCAGAAUUUUGAGAUAGAAGGAAAGAGGCAUUUCUCUUAGGAAGAUUUUGUAGUUAUAUCUGGUAUUUAUAUUUAAUGUUAGAGAAAUCAAGUAAUUUUUUUAUCAGUAGGAAAGGCAGAAGGAAGAUCUAGAAAUGGUAGAUACUAGCUAAAUCAAUUUUACAGUGUUAUUGAAGGAAGGAAGGACAGUUGAAAUAGUGGGAAAUUGCUUACUCUGUCUUCAACCAUUUUGGUUUUGUGUAACUGAAGAACGACUCUAAAUUUGGGCCCCAUGGCCUUGAUCCUGUACCUGGGUCUUCACAGGCAGACUGCUGGGCCUGGGUAAAAGUUCAUUGAUUUCAGCAGUAGCAGAGUCAAAGAAAAGGAGAUAUGCAAAUAGAUGGAAUUUUGUCCUCAUUGGAGUCUAUUGGUUAUUUGUAUAGAUGUUGAUGUCACUGUUUGCCAUGGGCAGGAGUAUAAAAGUUCUACCAACCAA